UCCUGCGCCGACCCAAAGAAUAACGUCUCUCCUCAACAAUCUGGUUUCAGAGGAAAAAAUCAUAUCUAAACAAUCACCUAUAAUCUUUUGCGGACAAAUCUAGCAGAUGUUGUGAUGAAAGGGAUUGAUAAGGUGUAUUGUUCUGCAUAGAGUAUCUGAUGCUCAUUGCAUCAUCAAGUGCCACGGAGACACAAGUACCUAAGAGACAGAAAUUGGCACGCAUUAAAUACAUACACAAGGUUCAAUCCAUUUAAAUAGUUCGUAUAAACAUUAAAAUCAUUUUUUACUCUUACCUCCAACCUGCUUUUUCACGCGUAGCAGAUGUGGGAUACUCUCGGUACGAGUGAAAUGACUCUAAAAACAAAUUGGUUUAAAGUAAUACAACAAAAAUGAAUAUUUAAUUAAAAAGUAAUAUUGAUGUGUUAACCUACCCUCACUCCCUGAAAAGAAAUUUAAUUUAUUCUCAAACAGUAUACGAAGUAUAAUAAAAUGAUUGAAAAGUAUUAUUCGCAGUUAAAGUUUGAAUAAAAUGUUAUUUAUGAAUGUUAUUUAUGUCUUUUCAAAAGAAACAGAACAUUUAGUAAAACAAAGAAAGAUUAGAUUCGAAUCUUUAAUAAAAUAAAGAUAGGCCCCAUUUUUUUUGAAUGAGAACUCAUCAAUAUUUUGUAAAUCAUAAUACAUUUUUUUUCUAAACUGUCUAUAUAAUCUAACCAAGGGUUUUCAAUUACGGAUUUCAACAACCUUGCCAGCCACACUGCGAAUAACAACAAAUGCAAAUAUAAUCGAAAUCACGCAAAUAACCGCAACACAAUCGCAAUAAAACUGCAAUACAACCACAUCGGGCCGCAACACAACCAUAAUACAAUUUUUAGCUACUUCUUUCUUUCUUUUAAAUAUAUUACACAUCAUGUUUUAAGCUAAUUAAACUUAUUCAGAGUGAACAUAGCUAAUUUAAAUGUAUUUUGAAAUUUGCUUGAGAAUGAAUUUAAAAUUGAGGUCAAAUGCCCUUUACAAAAUAAAACAUUUUUUUUCAAUAUUGUUGGAAUUAAAAAUGAUAUCAUGUCACAUUGACUGCAAUUGGCAUCUCAGUGAUCACUAUAAUUACUACUGCAACCACAAUGACCGCAGCAGUGCCAGCAACCGUGAUUAAAUAUGUUAUAACGAGUAAUAAUGUAGUGUCUUUGUUCCAAAUUCCAACAAUGAUUCAACCAGAGUUAUAGAACCCAUUUGGUGACCCUAUUAUUCCACUUAUCGGAUUACCACCAACUUUUUUGCCAAAAAUGUAUUUUUUGAUUUCACGCGUUGAAUUGUGUAACAAUAAGAAAAGUUGUACUUACUUUUCUGGCUGUAUUGACUGAAGUUACUUUAGAGGAUUAUUUUAGCUAUUUUUUAUAUAAUCUUUUAUUUAUUUUAUUAAAAAAAAUCAUCCAACACAUGUAAUUAGAUAUUAAUGCAUGCAAGGAGUACUACAACACAAAACCACCCGAAAAAAAAGGUCAAAAAUUUAGAAAUGUAGACCAUAUAAUACAUACUCCCUCCGUCCCACUAAGAUUGGGACAAUUUAGUUUACGAUGUUUGACCGACGAUAAAGCAAACAGAUCUAUGUCCAUUCUAAAAUUAUUUUUAGAAAAAAGUUACAUAUUUAGAGACUACAUUAAAAGUUUUACAAAGUCGCAAAAAACUUAAUUAAAUUUGAUAAAAAAAAAUUGAUAUAUAUAUAUAUAUAUAUAUAUAUAUAUAUAAAAUAAGAGGUUAAGAGUGAUUUGUGAUGAUCAAGUCAAUAGUGAAGCAGUUUCAACUGGUACUAAUCAUGAAAUGGAAUCUGGUUCACAAGCACCAACUGAUUCAAGCCAACAAGAAGUCAAUAUGUGAGCAAGUAGUGGUUUAAGGACCGGUGCUUUUAUGAUUUUAUCUUCUGAUGCAUUUGGUCUCUUUACAUAAAUUCCAAGUUCUCAGAUUCAUGGCUCAAUCAUCUGCUGCUGAUAGUAUUGGCAAGAAGAAGAAGCUUAUUCAUAUUGAUAUUAGUUCAGAUAGUGUAUGCCCAUGGUGCUUUGUUGGGAAAAGAAACCUGGAUACAGUUAUUGCUUCGUCAAAGGAACACUAUGAGUUUGAGAUUAAAUGGCAUCCAUAUUUACUUAAUCCUUCUGCACCUAAAGAAGGUGUAAGCAAGAAAGAAUUUUAUAUGCAGAAGUUUGGAACUCUGAGAGAUUUUCAAAGGUCUUGGACUGGAAUAUGACAUGUCUGGACUAACGGGCAAUACUCUGGACAUCCACCGGCUCAUAUAUUUUGCAGGGCAACAGGGCCACGAUAAGCAACACAAUCUUGUUGAUGAGCUUUUCAUUGGCUAUUUCACUCAGGGCAAGUAUAUUGGUGACAGGGAGUUUCUUGAAGAAGCUGCUAAGAAGGUUGGUGUUGAAGGAGCGGCGGAGUUUCUCGAGGAUCCGCUCAAUGGUCUGAAUGAUUUGACCAUUCACAUGCUAAUGAUUUGUAAAUAAUUCAAAGGUCAAUGAAGAACUUGAGCAAUAUUCAGCCAACAUAAGUGGAGUCCCACACUUUGUGAUUAAUGGGGAACAGCAGCUAAGCGGUGGUCAAGCUUCAGAAACUUUCUUAAAGGCCUUUCAAGCAGCCUGAAUGCCUUCGGCUGGGAGUUUUUAUAUUGAGAUCAAAGAUGGUGAAGUUUUUUGUUGUCCACAAUAUAUUUCUUGCUUCAUUUUCGUUAGAAUUUCGAAGUUGGCGUUCCCAUCAUUACCUCACUCUACAUUGUUCAAGCUAAUAAUAAUGCCAACAAAUUUAUGCAUUGUUGUGACUUGUGAUUAUGCAUGCAAUUAUUCACAAAAUCAUGGCACAACUCUGUACCUUAAUAUCAGCCCAGGUUUGGGUCAAAAUCAUGCAAUAAAGCAUGCAAUUGCAAGGUCCUUUUGGUAAC